UGACAGCUCUAUUCAUCGAUUAUUCGUCUUUUUUCUUUAUACGUAAAAAUAGUUCAUCUGUUCAGGCGUGUUUUUCUAUCGUGAAGAAAUUAGGCAAUAAAGGCAUAAUCCAAGUGUUUUCGUGCAAAUGAAAAUAGAUAUUUGCAUUGCCCAUCCGUUUUAUUUUGUUAUUGCAGCGAAAACGGCGUUUUAAAGGGGCAAAAUUGAAGUCGAAAGUGCAAGUUCUCGGAGACUAAAGUAGGGGCUGAAAUAGCAAAAACCCAAAGGUAAGUUCAGGUAAAAAAAACCAAGGCCAUAUUAGCGAAAAGCAAGAGUGGGAGUACCAUGUCGGAGGCCAUGAGUGCCCCUCCGCCCUUAAUUCCGCAGCUGCAGGAGAUGCAGCAGCAGCAACAACAGCAGCAGCAGGGCGGUAAUCCUGCCCAGCUUGCCCAGCAGUGGAACAACUACGCCUGGUAUGCAAAUCAAAAUGCCGCCUACCAGCAGCAGUAUCAGCAGUACUAUCAAUACUACAUGCGUUAUCAGCAACAACAACAACAGCAGGUAACUUCGACGGUUAGUGCGUCGAAUGCGCCACCGGGCUUCAGCAAUGCGCUGGCUGCACCACCGCCCCUCCCCUCGGGUCCGCCACCACCGCCGCCUCCCAAAGGCGGCCCGCUAACGGGUCAAAACAAGCAGCAACAACAGCAGCAGCAAAAGAAUUUCGGGGGAAUACGUUUUAAUUUAAAUUUAAACCAAAAGCGUUUGGCCGGUGCCCCCAAUCCACUGCAACAACAACAACAGCAGCAACAACAACAACAAACACUUCAACAGCAGCAGCUUCAACAACAACAACAGGUCAUGCAAAUGUACAAUAACAAUAACAGCAGCAGCAACAAGAAGAAACGCAAGCGUAACAAUAAAAACAAAAACUUCGAGCAAACAGCAUAUAGCAAUCCGUUUACAAAUCAAGCUCAAACAACGCCUGUAGCACCACCACCGCCCAUUAUUACCGCCAGCGAUGUGGGCGUGCCAAUAACUCCAGAUUUGAGUAAGCCACCACCACCAUUACCACUAUCCUUGGUGGCUCCCACAGAAAAUCCGCAGCAUCAACACCAGCAACAGCAGCAGCAGACAGCUUCUACCGCUGCACCUCAAACAUCUAACUUUAAGCGGCCCAACAGUUUUCAAAUGGCCUCCAAUGACUCCUGGCCGGAUGCCCUUAAUCAAUAUGUGGCCCGUUGCUACUCAAAGUGCAACACGGAUCUCGACAAGGAUCAGAUUGACAUAUGCCUAAAGGGCAAGAUUAUAGCGGCAGCCAAUCGAAAUGAGUUGUGGACGCGGGACUGGGAUAACGAGCCCAUGCCCACAGUGCACAGUGAGCGGGAUGGCAUUGAUGUUGUGUUAAACAACGCGACGCCUCCGCAACCGCAGCGAAGCAACUACUUCCAAAAAAAGCAAGAGCAAGAGAGGGAACAAGAGAAGGACCGCGAGGCCGAGAAGGUGCCAGCCAAAGGCUCUUCUGGUAUAGGGAAUCAGUUCAAGCAAAAGAUCAAUCAGUUCAGCAAAUCCUCGUCUGGAUAUGGUUCCCAUCGGCACUCCUCGUCGUCGAGGUACUCUAGGAGUCGUUCGCGUUCGCCGUCAUCUACAAACUCGUUAAAGUACUCGAGCAAGAAACGGUAUUCGCGCUCGCGCUCCCAUUCGCGUUCACGCUCGCGAUCCCCCCGUUCCCGAUCGUGCUCUCGCAGUAGCGAUGCCAGCAGUCCCCCGGCGCGUAAGGUUAUCCGCAAAUCGGGCUCUAUCGAAUCCCUGAAUUUCAUACCACUCUCCGCGAACUUAUCUCGCAAGCAACAGAAAAUGCUGAUGAAGAAGGGCAAGCGCGCAGCAGCGGCUGCGGCAGCCGCCGCGGGGUCCGGAGGCCAGGCGAAAAAGAAGCCUCACUUCUACUCCCAGUCGUCCGUUGGCGGAGCCGUUGAUGAUGACACAGCGCGCUUGCAACAGCGUGCGGCAAGAUUCUCACAGCAGAGCUCCAGCUCGGCAAAGAAAUCUGUCGUCGCCAUUGCAAGCUCACCGUUUGGUCUCACCACGGCCAAGAACAAGAAGAAAAUGAUGCAACAACAACAGCACCACUCACGUUCCGCCUUCUUCGAGGACACAGAGGCGGCUGGCGGCUUAGAUCUUCUAGAUUUGCAUAUUGUAGGCACAUGUAGGGACUUAGAAAAAUCGUUUUUGCGUCUUACCAAGGCGCCGUCCCCGUCGGAGGUACGGCCUGUCGAGGUGCUCACCCACUCCCUGGUUAAUGUAAAGGGAAAAUGGCGUUCCAAUCAGGAUUACCAUUACGCGUGUGAUCAGCUUAAGUCCAUCAGGCAGGAUCUGACUGUCCAAGGUAUACGAGAUCAGUUUACGGUUGAGGUGUAUGAGACGCAUGCUCGCAUUGCUAUGGAGAAGGGUGACCACGAGGAAUUCAACCAAUGCCAGACACAACUAAAAAUGCUGUAUAUGGAAAUCGGCGGAAAGAGCGCCAACGCCUUGGAGUUCACGGCCUACCGCAUACUCUACUACAUAUUCACAAAGAAUACCUUGGACAUAACCACUGUCCUGCGUUCGAUUACGGCUGAUCAACGCGAGAAUCCUGUCAUUGCACACGCCCUUCAGUUCCGAUCUGCGUGGUCGCUGGGGAACUACUGCAAACUAUUUUCCCUCUACAAAACGGCGCCUCUUAUGUCCGGCCACAUGAUUGAGUGGUUCCUGGAGAGAGAGCGCAAGGCUGCAUUGCGAGUUAUUAUUAAAUCUUAUCGUCCCAAUAUUAGCGUUGACUACAUAACCAAUAUCUUGGCCUUCGAAAGCUCUGAAAAAUGCAAAGAAUGGCUAGACACCUUUAGUUUACCCUAUGUCGCCGAUGGCUCCCAAGUCGAUUGUAAAAACGCUGCUGCCAUCGCUAUUUAAGGCGACUUUCACAAAUAGCAGAUUUGCUGCUAGGAAACACUUUGAUUUUGUACCUGAUUUCCGAACUUUUCGGAUAUUGGUGUCCUUUGUCGGACUUAGAAUUCAACUCCCUUGUCCGUAUUUAUAAUAGUUUGUAUAUAUUAUAAUAGGUCGCGAUUCCUCUUUCGUUUUAUAGUUAGGGCUUUCUUUAUUCCCUUUCCCCUAUCGAUUUUCUUUGAAAUAGUGAAAUUGUGAAUUCUACGUCUUCUUAGGACCACGAAAGUAUUCAUCGUUGGGAAUAUUAUUUUUAAAAGGAAAGGAGUUCUUUGAAAAAUGGAUGAAAACAUCACAAGAAACAUCAACUUUACAACAACUUAAAACAAAUUCUUCUGCUUAAAUGAACACUGGCAUUUUUGGAUGAGUCAACAACGAUUUAAAAAUACAUCGACUAUGUCAACUAUUAUGCCCCACCAGGAUUUCAAUAUGUGCUAGUACAGGAGUAGCUGGAUUCUUCGAUGUAUCAAUCGCUCGAAUGGCGUAUCCCUCGGAACAUGGGCAAUUCACGGUCAUCGGAUACGUCAUGGGUUCAUCUAUGGAUUAUAUAUUCCAGGAUCAACAAAAGUGGAAAACAUCUAGUGCGCUUAGUGGAUAUUCAGGAAUUUAAAGUUUUACCAAAAUCAAUCCGUCAUUGGUCCAGAUUGCAGAAAUUACGAAACAUUCUUACCUUGAAAACGUUGGUUUUCUUGGUUAGAAAAACCAACUUUAUCGAAUUCUGCAAGAAUUAUCCUCGAACGAGUUCAACAAAUACUUAACCCGAAUCCUUAUAUGCGUGACCUAUCCAUGGACUUAUAUAACUAAAGACUUUGAUUCUAAAUUAGGUCACGAUCCCUUUAAAUAACAACUCCACUAAACCUGAACACAUACAAAACUAACAUGAAAUAAUACACAUGAAGACAAACAAAAACAGAUGCGAUCAACGAACUCCGAGAGGCGUAAAGCAUUGGGCUGAGAAUUGAUUUUUGUUUCGUUGUGAUUAUUUUACUCAUUUUAACGCCCUUUGAUCACUUCAUUUUUAAACUAGUUUUAAGAUUUAAGCUUAAUGAUUGUUGUCUUAUUUAAAUGAUUCAAAAGGAUAAUACUAAUGAUCUGUCUCUCUAUUGUAUACCUGUAUAUAUACAACCAUCAAAUCCACCACCACCAAGAACUACAACAAGAACGAACCAGCCUGCAUGAAAAUUCUAUGGAAGUUCAAUGUCAUCGUUUCGGAUUAUGGCAGUCAACCUGGUCUUCCUCGUCGCCACUCGUCAUCCGUGCGAACGCAAACAAAAAGUCAUCAAAUAUUCGCGACAUUUGUAAGCUCUUCCAAUUUUAAUUCGUCUUACUAAGCAAACUGUAUAAAGUCUCUGGGUAGUACAUAAGCAAUUGGAUACAAAACCUUUAUUCAGUGGUUUUUUUUAGAGAGAGAGAGUUUGACGAAAAACAUAACUCUUCUAUAUAUUAUACAGUAACUAUAGGCUAGGAUUAUAGGUAUCUUAGGUUAAGGUUAACUGUUAAAUUUAUUUUUAAUUUUCUUGAAUGUUUGAAAAUGAUGGAAAAGAAUUCAAGAUUUCAAAUACAUCUCCUAAUAUUCAUGCAAUUUACGGGAGCCCGUAGCCAUGAAAAGGGAGAGUUAUUAUCCCGCUUUUCAAAAAAUAAACAAAAUAAAAAUCAA